CUGGGGAGCCCCUGGGGGCCAGUUGGCCGGACGCUUUCCGGGGCUGGAGGUGUGAGAGUGUGCCCCUGGCGGGGGGUGGGGUGCGUGGGGAGGGAGCUGGGGGCUUGGGGACUGAGCUGUCCAGGAGCAGGGGCCCUGAGGAAGGAAGCCCUAAUCCCGAGCCUGUCUCCCGUUCUGUGAGCCUGACAACGCCGCGGGGUCAACCCCAGGACACUAGCUUCUCACUGGGGUUGAGCACCUUUCUUUGCUCCCAAGCCCGGGCCCACGCCUGCUCAAAACCGCUCCACAUCCCUCUUGUAGGGUCAGCUCGGGGGUCACCCCCUAACCCCCAGCUGGCACCGGCCUCCCUCGGCCUUCCCUCCCGCUACAUCCCACUCCUUCUCUGGCUCUCUAUCCCUACCAGAUUUCUCAUUCUCCCCCCAACCCCCGAAAAAAUGUACCACUGAUGGGUGGGCUGAGUGAAAAGGGUGGUGAAGAUGGGAGGCGGAAGUGGUAGCACCUAAAGCAACAGGAAAUGACUUCGGGAAAGUCCCAACCACAGCCCCCCACCUCCUGAUUAUGCCUCUCUUGUAAACACCCCCACCCCCACCUCCUCUUGAGGGCAAGCUGGGGCUGUAGGGAAGGUGAAACGGGGAAGGGUGCUGGGUGCGCAGCCAGCCUCCUGACUAACUUCCCCUUGCAGAGUGCUGAGGGCCGCACUCCCUCCCCCGUGCCCCCAUCCCCGCCUUCACCAUGUUCCAGGAUGCAGGAGCAGCCCAGGCCACCACCUCUCAUGAAGCCAAGAGCAGCCCUAGCGGCAGCACAGUGCAGCGAUCCAAGUCCUUCAGCCUUCGGGCACAGGUGAAGGAGGCUUGUGCAGCAUGCCAAAAAACCGUCUACCCCAUGGAGCGCCUGGUGGCCGACAAACUGGUCUUCCACAACUCCUGCUUCUGCUGCAAGCACUGCCACGCUAAGCUGAGCCUGGGGAGCUACGCGGCGCUCCACGGAGAGUUUUACUGCAAACCCCACUUCCAGCAGCUGUUUAAGAGUAAAGGCAACUAUGACGAGGGCUUUGGCCGAAAGCAGCACAAGGAGCUCUGGACCCACAAGGAAGUGGCCAGCGGCACCAAGACGGCCUGA